GAAUUGUGUCCCAGCCCCCAGUUUAUCGUGGGCGGAGCCACACGCACAGACAUCUGUCAGGGGAGUCUAGGUGACUGCUGGCUGCUGGCCGCCCUGGCCUCUCUGACCCUGAAUGGAGAGCUGUUUCGCCGCGUGGUCCCGGGGGGCCAGGAUUUCCAGCAGAACUAUGCGGGGAUCUUCCGUUUUCAGUUCUGGCAGUACGGCGAGUGGGUGGAGGUGGUCGUGGACGACAGGCUGCCCACCAAGGAUGGGGAGCUACUCUUCCUGCACUCGGAGAUGGGCAGCGAGUUCUGGGGAGCGCUGCUGGAGAAGGCCUAUGCCAAGCUCAACGGUUCCUAUGAGGCUCUCACUGGAGGGUCCACGGUGGAGGGAUUUGAGGAUCUCACCGGUGGCAUCUCUGAGUUUUAUGAUCUGAAGAAUCCCCCAGCCCACCUGUUUCAGAUCAUCCGGAAGGCCCUCCGUGCGGGGUCCCUGCUGGCCUGCUCCAUUGAUGUCUCCAGUGCAGCUGAAGCAGGAGCAGAGGUGACCACCUGCCAGAAGCUGGUGAAGAGCCACGCCUACUCUGUCACUGGGGCCCAAGAGGUAAAAGCUGGCUGGGGAG